UCCGUCCUCCUCCUUCUCUCGCCAUAUAAACUUCACCAAGAAAAGCGACCAAGAGAAGGGAGAAGGGAAAGGAGAGGGAACACAGCUCUCCUCCCGGAUUUCAUCUCUCUCUCUCUCUCUCUCUCUCUCUUCUUCUUCUCCUCCUCUCGCCCGGCGGACCCCGGAUUUUUGCAGGGGUGGAAGAGGAGGAGGAGGAGGAGGGGAUGGGGAGGGAGGAUAAGUUCCCGGUCUGGGAGGCCUCGCUGGGCGCCGGAGUCGCCGCCGUCUUCGCCGCCGGGCUCGUCGGAGUCUACCUCUCCAUGCCGGACUCCGACUACAGCUUCCUCAAGUUGCCCCGCAACCUCGAGGAACUCCAAAUCCUCACUGGCCACCUCGAGAAUUAUACCAGUGACUACACCGUACAGGUGUUGGUGGGUUACUGUGCUGUGUACAUUUUCAUGCAGACUUUCAUGAUCCCAGGGACUAUAUUCAUGUCAUUGCUUGCUGGUGCUCUAUUCGGGCAACUCCGGGGCGUGGCUCUGGUUGUCUUUGCUGCCUCUGCUGGUGCUUCUUCGUGCUAUUUCCUGUCGAAGCUAAUUGGAAAGCCGCUUGUGUUCUCACUGUGGCCAGACAAGCUCACAUUUUUCCAGAAGCAGGUUUCUAAAAGAAGAGAAAAGCUGUUGAAUUACAUUCUUUUCCUGAGGGUCACCCCAACAUUGCCGAAUACCUUCAUCAACUUAGCUUCGCCCAUAGUUGACGUGCCCUACCAUACCUUCUUAUUGGGAACUCUAAUCGGUCUCAUCCCAGCUGCCUAUGUGACCGUGAGGGCUGGGAUUGCUCUAGGAGAGCUAACAUCGCUCAGUGACCUUUAUGACACCCAGUCAAUGGCGCUGCUGUUCUUGAUCGGUGUUGUCUCAGUCACACCAGCAUUGUUGGGCAAGGACGAGGCGCCAGAGAAAACACCAGAAAUUGCAGUAGGCACUUCAUGAUCACCAGAGACCUCACCUCACCUCACCUGUAUAUAGCCAAGACACAGAAUGCGGCGGCUUCAUCUGAUUGAGCCUAAAAGCUUUGUCAGGCUCGACGACCACAUGGUUUGCAAGUUUACAUGACUACACAGCAGAACCUUGGACCCAAGUUUGUCCAUUGCCCGCCCACCGGAGACCUGUGUUGCCAUAAGUAGAUUGUUUCAUGGUCACUCACCAUAUUGUUAUGAAUGAAAUCUGGGAAAGCACGAUGCCCAUCAGGCAAGCUGCUUCGAUAUGUAGACAAGUAGUGUGUGCUGUAAUGCUGUUUAGACGUGAAAGACAGCUAGUCAAAUCCUUGUAUAUAUAUUGACCAGAUUCAUUCACUCCAUAUGCUGUGGUUCAAAGACUAUUUGUCUUGUGA